AUGGGCGAUAAAAUGUUUAAACUCGUACGCAUCAUUCCUCUCAAAAAUUGCCUAAUUACGGCUUCUUUCUUCACUAAUCCUGAAAAUUUGAGUUUUUUCAGAAUGAUGUCUUCAGUACAAAAGAAUUCUGACAGAAGAAUGGAGAGAUAUCUCAAAAAGACGGCAGAUCUCAUAGCCGGAAAAACUCGCAAGAAAUCAAAAAACGUUGCUCCUAACUUUCACAGCUUGGUAGAAGCAGAAAUAUUACUAUCCAGAGCAGAUGAAUUACAGAGCAAAAGUAUUUAUGAAGGUAGAAUACCAAAAUCAAACAAUCCCAGAGUCAAAAGAUUGAGUUCAAUGUUUUACAGUUACAUAUGUGGCCUCUUAGAAUCUGGUGAAGUCUGCCCUGAAUUACAAGAAUUAGCAUUUCAAGUAUCAGAUGUUACAGUAACUCCUAAUUUCAAUCUUAUAAUCGUUUCUUGGUUGGAUGUGAACAUUGAAAACAAGGAGAAAAUAAUGAACUUGUUGCCAAAAUGCUCUGCUGAUUUGAGAACAGUGCUAACAGGUUUGAGAGUCAUGGGAAAUAUACCCCCAAUUCAGUUUAGUAGGGAUGUGUCUCAUGUAAAAACAAUAGAGAUUGAAAAAUUACUGUGUGAAGCAGAUAUGGGCCCAGAAAUUGAAAAUAAUACCACUGAAAAUGAUUGUGCAACUACUGACGACGAUGAUAUCUGUGAAACAUGUGACGAACACCCACAUUCUUCAAAAUUUUUGAAUGAUGUCCAAGAACCACAAACUGUUUCUCAAAAUGUUUAUGGUGUUAAUUAUGAAGAGAUUAAAAAUGAAGUUCUAACAUUGAAGAAUAAACUUAAAAAAUGA